AUGGCUAUCCUGAAAUCUGUUCCUGGUAUUGAAGUCAGUAUCUGUGUUGACAAUGAACCGCUAAUCGAACACACCGAUCGGAGCGCGAAGGCCGAGCGGAGUACCGUCUUGAAAUACGUCGAGGUGGUGCCAGAUAAGGAUCCGUACAUUGUUCUGAACAUAAUGGUUGAUGGUGUAGACAUCAGAACCCUUCCUUUCGGCCGCCAGGAGUUCGAGCAAGACUGCCAGGCAUCUUCAUCACACGUUCACGAGUGUAUUGGGUCUCAUCGCAUCGAAGAUGAACAGGAGGUAGUUAGCCCUUUCAAAUUCUCCAAGUUCGAGGAAUUGAGAGAUGAAAUUGAGAAUGAUGUAUCGCACCUCGAAAAGACGGGUGAAGUAAAAGUCGGCCUUUAUCGAGCAAAGUCUGUCAAGAAGCUAUCUGCAACCCAAGCGCGCAAGUAUUGCCCGACCUUUUGGAAGCAGCCCGAGUUGAACAAUCACUUGAUGAAAGACGUUCAUUGGGACGCGAUCAGUGGACGUUUGGAAAGCCAGUCUCACAUGGCCACCCUGGGACCUGCUAAGCCCGCCGGUGAAGAUCCAUGGAUUAGGAAUGUGUACGACAUCAAAUAUAUGGAUUUCGAUCGAUCUAGGUCCGUUAAACCCCAGGGAGUCUUCAAGUUGAGGUAUCGUUCUAAAGGUGCAGUUUUCCUCUAUGACUCUUCCACAAAUGUUCUAGAACUCAUUGGCUCAUCAUAUCUCGUAGAAUCUCUUAAGGCCCUUCUUGUUAUCCGCUGGGAUGACGCAGCGAUCACGAGGGAGCCUAUAAUCAAGAUCGAAAGUGACGACGAAGGCGUGGUCGAAGAUGUGGCCGAAUCUAUUGUCAAGCGAGAACGCGACGAAGAUUUUGUCGAAUCAUCCAUGCCUGCUGCCAAAAGAGCUCGACCGAGAAGAAAUAAACAGUAG